AUGAUCGAUCUCAAGGGCAAGCGCGCACUCGUGACGGGCGGAUCGCGCGGUCUCGGCGCCGAGAUCUCGAAGCAGCUCGCGGACCGCGGAUGUAAGGUCGCUGUGAACUAUGCCGCGUCGAAGGACCGCGCCGAGGAGACCGUCAAGAGUCUCAAGGGCGACGGACAUGUUCUCGUGCAGGGUGAUGUCUUCAGCCGUGCCGGUGUCGAGGCGGUCGCGAAGGAGGCAAAGGAGAAGCUCGGCGGCGUAGACAUUGUCAUCUCAAACGCUGGCUGGACCAAGAUCGCCCCGUGGUCCGACAUUCCCGUCUCCAAGGCUGGCUCAAUCCACCUCGUGCGCGGUCUCGCUAAGUCGCUCGGUCCGAACAUUCGCGUGAACGCCGUUGCGCCUGGUCUCAUUCUCACCGAAUGGGCGGACCGUUUCCCGGAGGAGGUCAAGGAGAACUGGAAGGAGGCGACGGCGCUCAAGCACGUCCCGUACACCGAGGACAUUGCGCAGACUUACAGUGAGUACGGCGACUGGCUUCGAGGCCAAAGUGACGAGGAGCAGGGGAGCGAGGUCGUCUAG